AUGUUCGCCAGCGAUCCGGCGCAGUUCGCCAGCGACCUCGAAAGUCUGAUGGACUCAGCCGCCGCUGCUGUUGCAUCUGGCUCUAUGGACAGCUCAGCGCCGACUACGCCUUCAGCACGCGCGCCGAUGGUACGAUCGCCACCGCCAGAUCCACGCGUGCGUAACAAGCGAGCUGUCGCCACUGGCACUGAGCAAACCCGCUCCAAGAAGCUCAAGCUUCAAACACCCGGGAGGAAUGAUGCCACCGCUUCUGCCAGUCAAGACCCAACGCAAAGCUCGCAUGUGGCCUACAGCGAGUCAAAUAAGCCCAAUGUAGUCAUCCCAACAGGACCCUCAAAGAAGCAGAAGGGCAUCCAGCGUGUCGUUCAACGUCAGUGGCAUUCCAACCACGAUGGGAUGGCCUAUGAGGAUCUGCUGGAGCAGCGUCGCGCUGAACAGCUUGUCAAUGUUGACCGCUAUGUGCCGCCCAGUGGCGCAUCGACCAUUGGCCGCCGUGAAAGCUCACUCGGCAACGGUACAGUUCGUGCUGCAGUACCAUCAAGUUCACAUCCUGCUUCUGCUUUCGGCGCUCGUCGUGGCUCGAAUAAAGAUCACGCCCUGUCGGGGGCUCCUCUGCGACCAGCCACGACAAAUAGAACUCCUUCGAAAGGCAAGCAUUUCCACUUCUCCGCGUUACCGGAAAAGGUGAAGGAGAGGAUCUUGGCCCUCCUACUGAUCAAAGACGGGCCCAUUGUUGUCGACUUCACCUGGCUUCGCGCGUUCAUCCACGGACACUGUCGGGUCCCAGCUUCGUAUAAGAACGUCAAAGAUAGCGAGACCGGGCUGAAUUACUCUGUGCCACUUCCCUGGGAUGAAAUCUACCAAUACGUCCGGAUAAUGCAGGAUGACUGCAAGUCCUUCAAGGGCGCCAUGGAGCUCCGAGGGGACAAGACCCGCACAAGGAAGGGACCAUGCCGCGACUUGACGGCAGCCAGCCUCCUCAAAGUGUCUCGGGAUGUGCACAAUCUUGCAGCGCCAAUUUUCUAUGGCCGAAACACAUUUCAGUUUCCUUGGCCGACUACCGCGUGGAUGCAAUUCGAAUCGUUUCUGGCCACCAUUGGACCACACAACGUCGGUCUUCUUCGGAGAGUCGACAUUCAUGCACCGCUUUGGCAUCGCGGUGUUCAAGAAGACUACGUGGAGGGCGCGAUGCUCGAUCUGACCUCACCAGCUUCACGCAUGGCUAUUGUAACGCCACCACAUCAAGAUCGCUUGCUCUCCGCAAUUAAAUCGUCUCUUCAAGCGCUCAGAGGCAACCUAACGCAUAUCUCCUUCACGCUGGAGCACGGAAUGGCUACUGAUCGAUGGACGGGAAGAUACACAAGUGAUCGACAGCUCAUUGCCAUUGGCGAUGCCGAGGACCAUGUUAAACGAAAGCAAGAAGGCAUGUCUUUGCUCAAGGAUUUCGGGAAAUCUCUGGCCACGGCUCCUAUCCUCCACCUCCAUCACCCCAAUCCCUCCGCGAAGAUACAAAAGCACGACAAGGCGGAAUUUCGUUCGAGAUUACCUGGUGUCAAGCAAGAGGCGGGAAAGUACGGAUGGCAAGUUGAUAGUCAACUCAAGGAACGUCGCUGGUGA